AUGUCCUCCUAUCCCCAAACGCCAACCAUCUUCGACGAUGCAAGCCGUCCGUCCACGAAAUCCUCCGUCUUGCGGUCUAUCAUCCCCUCGAGGGGCCACAGGAGGAGCCCUUCUGCAGGUGAUGCUAUUAUCGCGCGACGGAUGAACGGGAUGAAUCCCUUCGAGGCUGCCGGUUUUCUGCCCGCCGAUCAUCCACACGCACAGCCUCUUGGAGAGAGAGCCCACAACCGGGACGCGGCGGGCGGUGUUCGUCAGCAGAAGUCCUCAGACAAGAAAGGCUUGCAUAAGAAGACAAAAAGUUCCGUGUCCCUCAAGACGUUAAUACGGGACAAGAAGGACUCGAAAUCGACUGAUGAACAGGCUCUGGAAAAGGAAAGGAAAAUGAAGAAGGCCAAAUCAUCCGCCAGUCUGUCAGCGAUCUUAAAGCGAUCCCAACGGGGACGUAAGGAAGAGCCCUCGGGCGACAGUCGAGACAAAGAGAACAUGAGCCCGGUGGAAGCGACGGCGUCGCCGAUAUGGGCGCAGUUUGCUACUCAGCCGUUGCAAGAAGAAUCGGGCAGAGUCUAUGUGCCGGAAAACUGCAGGACGUUGGAGGAGGAGGUGUCCUUAUAUACUCCCCGACAAUAUUCUCCUUCAAAGCAACGGAACUUCUACGACUAUCAUCAGCCAACGCUAGCUAAGCGUCCGGACCAAAAACCCCGACCGAGAUCAGAUUACAUCACGGCCAGUACCAUGAAAGUGAAGGAGAUGCUGAGCCACGUGCAGCGUGUGCCAUCGGAUAAACUACGAAAUGCCGAAAUGGCGCAGAGCAGGCCUGGUCACAGACAUGUGUCAUCCGAGUCCCGAUCGAGUGAUGAGUCGAGGAAUUCAAACCCGACGAGAAAUUCCCGGGUAAUGGCCGUGGUUUCGGCACUCAAUGCGAAGGAAGCUGAAGCUCAAAGAGAGGUGGAUCCAAAGCAGAUCGACAGCGAGUUUGAGAAACUUCUG